AUGUUGACGAGUUCAUUAGUUUUUGGCUUUAGAAAUAUGAUUCAAUUUCCAAAACAACAAAAGAAGAGAAAGGAAUUGAAUAGAAAGGCGACUGUUGGUAAUUUGAAUAGUGAUAAAGGUGAUAUGAGAAAUGUUAGUGCUAAUUCGUUUGUAUUCGAAAGUGAAAUGAUUAGUUUGGGAAGAGAAGAGCAAGAACCUAAUACUUUUGAACAAUUGGGAUCUAUCGGAUUGAAUAUUUUGAAAAAGACUGAAGAAAAACCAAGUACCACCUCAUCAAUUAAUCAACCAAUUCAGGUUGAAAUUAGUAGAAACCUUUCGUCUUCCUCUGUGAUGAAUUCUUCAAUGAAAAAUCUCAAGACCAUCAAUACUACACCAGUUAGUUCACCUAAUUUUUGGUCUCUCUACACUCCUCUUAUCAUUCUAAUCACAAUUUUAUUAAUUCUCUCCUUAAUUUGCAUCUGUAUUGUAACAGCAAUUUCAAUUUACCAAGUUGACUAUUUAACACAAAAUAUUCAAACAUUUAAUUUAGACAAUUCACAUCCUGAAUGGACAAACACAAGAACCAUGACUGAAUCUUACGGAUCCACCAAGACAUACACUGAAACUCUUAUCCAAUUGACUUCAUCUCAACAAUCCAAAGCUCUCUAUGGGUUGUACUCUGCCAAUUCAACACUCCGCAUUCUCCUCUUCAAGAAUCAAAGCUUAUAUGAUGAGUUUGAUACAUCCAACUCUAUUAAUUACUACUCUUCUGAUGUAAAGGAGAUUAACAAGACGAAACAGGGUGUUAUUUUGAAUUCAUGGAAAUUGUGGAAUGGAAAUUCAGAUUCAAGCUCACAACAAACAUUUCAUUUGUUAAUUCAGGUGGAGAAUUCAUCAUCUGCUUAUGAAGCAAUAUUCCACUUGAUUGUUGAGGAUGAAAACUAUUCAAAUGCUUCAAACUUUUUAGUUUUUGUGUGGAUUUUAAUUUUGGAAAUUUUAGUGUGUUUGAUAGUUUCGAAUCAAAUUUACUUGUCAAUGAUUUCUUACGAUCCAACCAAUAAGCAACUUUUCAUUAGUGAGUGGACAUCUCCUUUUACAUUUUUCUCGUGUAAGAAAGAAUCAGAAAGUGAAAUUUCAUCAAAGAAAGAUGUUACAAUAGAAUUUAAGAAUUUGAGUUUUCACAGUUUUGAGGGAAAACGAAUUUUGAAUAAUAUUUCAGGAAGAAUUGAAUCAGGAAAGUUGACAGCCGUGAUGGGUUCAACAGGGAGUGGUAAAUCAAGUUUCUUAACUGUGCUGAGUAAGAGAGCUCACUAUGGAGUUCAAGAAGGAGAAAUUAAACUAAAUGGACGAAUUCUUACAGAAAGUUUAAAGAAGGCCAUUGGUUUUGUCCCUCAAGAUGACAUUAUGAUCUCAAGUUUACAAAUCUGGGAAACUCUUAUGUUCAGUUCCAUCUACCGAUCCAUGACAUCAUUAUUCUUUCCCCUGUUUCGAAAGGUCAAAGAAACUGCCGAAAUGUUAAACAUUCGCCACAAACUCUUCAGUACCAUUGGUGAUGUCAACAAGAAAGUCCUCAGUGGUGGAGAAAAGAAACGUCUCAAUGUAGGCAUUGAAAUAAUCAACGAAUGUCAGGUCCUCCUCCUCGACGAACCAACAAGUGGCCUGGACAGUAAGCAAGCUCUUUUGUUGUGUAAAAUUCUGGCCCAGAAAACAAAGAAUGAAGGGUUGAAUGUUAUUUGCGUGAUUCAUCAGCCAUCUGCUGAGAUUUAUGAAAUGUUUGAUGAUUUGAUAUUGUUUAGGAAUGGUGAGAUGAUUGCUCAUGGAGAUGCCAAGCAGAUUGCAAGUAAAUGUGCGAAGGAUAUUUUGCAAAUUUCAGAUAAUUUUGAAAAGCAAGACGAAAGUGAGGGAAAGGAGAGUGAGGAGUAUAAUAAUCCUGGAGAUUGUGUGAUUGCUGCCAUGGAUAUAAUGACAGCAGAACAGCAACAGGAACUGAUUAGGAUUCAACCCUCCCUCAGUAAGUUUAAACUUGAUAAGGGUGGAUAUCAAAAUGAAAUGUCAAAUUUCAUUCCUGUUCCAAAUGUGCCAUUCUACAUUCAAGGAUUGGCAUUCUUAUUCAGAGGAGUACUCCAAAUCUUCCAUGAAUUCUCAUCAUUUGCCACUGAUCUCCUCAUUAACACAAUUAGUGGAAUUUUCAUUGGCGCCAUUUUUGUUGGAAGUUUAAAUUAUAAUGGUCAGAGUACUGAAGAAAUUGCAAAGAAAUGCCCAACUUAUCUCUACUCGACAUGUUCCCAGGCACAAGAGGAUGAUAUUUCUGCAUUUAUUAGUAUUUUGGUUCUUUCGAUUAGUUUAUCUUCAAUACUGAGCUCUUUGAGUAUUUUUGGAAGGGAUAAGGUUGUGUUUCGUAGAGAAUCUCAAAGUGGACUCAAUUCAUUGGUUUACUUUUUGGUGAAGGAUGUGAUGGCAUUUAUUCCAAUUAGUUUGGCUUCAUUCUUUUUCACAAUUUCUAGUUAUUAUUUGGCUAGUCCAAAAGGAUCGCUGGUUGACUAUUUUAAACUGAACUUUCUGAUAACUGCCACAACUUAUCCGAUUGGAUAUAUCAUUUCCAUAGCGAUGAGGACUGAGAUCUCUCAGAUCGCUUCUGGCUUAGUUGUGUUCGUUGUGUAUUUAUUCUCCGGUGUAACUCCAACUAUUCCUGAAAUAAGUAGUUUCUAUUUUCCUUAUUCCUGGCUUCCACACUUUUCCUUUUUGAGAUAUGCAAAUGAGAUAUUAUACUUGAAUGAGUUGAAAAAUUAUUCAUCCUACGGCAAGAGUGUUGAGUCGAAAGGUUACAUUAUGGAAAUGAUUGAUGUGAAUAUGAUGUUCAUGGUUUCGUUUGCUUUCUUUUUCCAUAUUUUGGCAGCUGUUGUGUUGUGGCAAUCUGUACCUGGUUCUUAUGUUAGCAUUUGGACUAGUUUGAUUAAGAGUAAGGUUACUUUAUUCAUUCAAACUAUUAGAAAUCUAAAAAACAAGACGAGCAAAAAUUCCUAA